GGCGGAAGUGGCUAGUCGCGCGGGAGGUCGCGCCGGGAAGGCGAGUCCCGUUCCACGCCCCUCUGGAUUGUUGAAAAGGUGUGAAUCCAGCGAUCAGUGAUGGGUAUUCAGGGUCCGGCUUCUGACUGUGGCUUUCGUUUCCUCUCUGGAUGCAGUACUGCCUGAAGCGGCUCUGCAAUCAUGGUGUCAGUCCUACCCACAGAAGAGGGCAACGUGGCAGUGGUGGUGCGGGUACGGCCCCAGACUCAGCAGGAGCAGGAAGGGAGUCGACACGCUGUGGUGCAGGUGAUCGAUGACCGCAUGUUGGUGUUUGACCCUGAGGAACCCUGUCUAUCGGGAGUUUUUACAGGCUUCCGGGGCCACGAUGCCCCCAGGCGGAAGGGCAAGGAUCUGAAGUUUGUGUUUGACCAAGUGUUUGGUGAGAGUGCUACACAGGAGGAAGUAUUCCAGCACACAACUAAGGAGAUCCUGGAUGGGGUGCUGAAUGGCUACAACUGCUCUGUGUUCGCCUAUGGUGCAACAGGUGCAGGAAAAACCUACACCAUGCUGGGCUCUGAGAAGAGUCCAGGCAUCAUGUACCUCACCAUGGUGGAGCUUUAUAAGAGGAUUGAGGCAAGGAAGGAGGAGAAAAGCUGCGAGGUGCUCAUCUCCUACCAGGAGGUGUACAAUGAGCAGAUUCAUGAUCUCCUGGAGCCGAAGGGCCCUCUAGCAAUCAGGGAGGACCCAGAGAAAGGGGUAGUGGUACAGGGACUCUCCUUCCAUCAGCCAAAAUCAGCAGAGCAGCUCCUGGAGAUGCUAGCGAGUGGGAACAGAAACCGCACACAGCACCCCACAGACGCCAAUGCUACUUCCUCACGCUCACACGCGGUCUUCCAGAUCUAUGUGAAGCAGCAGGACCGUGUCGUUGGCAUCACUCAGGACCUGCAGGUGGCCAAGAUGAGCCUGAUUGACCUGGCAGGCUCGGAGCGAGCCUCAACCACCAACACAAAGGGAGAGCGGCUCCGAGAGGGUGCCAACAUCAACCGUUCACUGCUGGCCCUGAUCAAUGUCAUCAACGCCCUGGCUGAUGCAAAGAGCAGGAAGUCCCACAUCCCGUACAGGGACAGUAAGCUCACACGCCUGCUGAAGGACUCUCUUGGGGGCAACUGCCGGACCAUCAUGAUUGCUGCCAUCAGCCCAUCUGCACUCGCCUAUGAGGACACCUACAACACGCUCAAGUAUGCCAAUCGGGCCAAGGAGAUCAAACUGUCGCUGAAGAGUAACGUGCUCAGCCUGGACUGCCACAUCACGAAGUACGCAGCUAUCUGUGAGCAGCUGAAAGCAGAGGUGGCAACUCUGCGAGAGAAGCUCCAAGCUUACGAGGGAAACACCCAGGAUCCAGACCACCAGGUUCCAGCUCCUCAGGCACAGUCUACCCCUUGGCAGGUGGAGCUGCUCAGGUCAGCAGAGGCUGCACAGGAGGUGUCUCCAGAUCAUGAAGUCCCUGAUAAGGGGAACCAGGAAAUGGUGAUACAGCAGCAGGAGCGGAAAGUGAGACCCCCCUUUCAGCAACAGGACCUGGGAGCAGUGGAACAGACGCCAGAGAAGGAACUUCAUGACUAUGCCACAGAUCUUCAGCAGAAAACCAAUAAACCAAGCUCUCUGCUACAGGGACUGCCCCGGGAUCAGACCCAGAGGCUGGUCCUUGCUGUCCUGCAUGUGGCACAAAGGCAGUACUUUCUGCUGAAGGCUGCCAACCUCCUAACCCCUGACAUGGUCUCAGAGUUUGAGGAACUGGAAUACCUGGUGCAAAGAGAAACCAGUAGGAGUCAAGAGCCAGCUGGGACUCUGGGUGGAGCCGAGGUGACCAGUGAAAGCAUCCCAGCCCCAGAGGAGCAGCAGCACUCGGAUAACGUUGUGCCAUUGGCCACCAGGCUGCAGGGUGCGCCUGCCACAGAGCGUGCUGCCCCGAUGACGAGGGCUGUGACGCGGUCCUUGCAGGAGCUUGUGUUGGUCCCUAGUCCCUCAGCCAAGACUCCCAGCCUGCCAACGAAGAAGAGGAGGAGGUCGGAAAUGAGCAGCCCAUCCAAAACAGGAACUCCUGCCACGCCAAAACUGCAGGCGAAGCGCCAGCGGAAAUCCUCCCUUCCUGGCCGGCGAAGGCGAAGGGGCUCCGCAAAUGAACCAGCUGCUCCUCCAGUGACAAUCAGUCACAGCACCCCCAUUAUAAAGGAAGCUAAACCUGCUCAACUAGUGCCUUAUUGCACCCCAAAACCCUGCCCAACAACAGUCACCAAAAGUCGGGUGCCCCUGACAACAUCUGCUGCCCAAAACUGUUGCACUCCAGCUACGCUGACCAUCCGAGACCUGAAUCUAACCUUUGACCUUGCUGAGGACAGCUGUUCAUCUGGUGUGGACAAUCCUGUGAAAUUCAGUGCCCCCGAGUUCCCUGGCUGGGAGAACGUCCAGUGCGUCUUUAAAAAGCCCGAAGGUUCCUUCAUGCCCAGAGCCUCCGUGCCCGUGUUCACCAUGAAGGGCUCCUCCAUCCCACCUGGCAGCAUCCCGAAGCCAUCCUCGUUGGUCUCUAAAGCAAUGGGACAGAAGAGAAGGCGUUCUGUGAGCACUGCCUCCCGCUCGCUGGGUGGACGGCAGAGCCAGAGCCGAAUUGCCAGGCUCCGGAGCAGCACUGUGAAGUCCUUGCAGACCCCAAGUAUCCCAGAGCGUCCUUCCUGCACUCUGGCCAAGAGGAGCAGAGCAGAUCUAGAAGUAGUUGGUGGAAAAAUGCUGGCUGCACCCAGAUCCCAAGCCAUGAAGCUUUUCUGCUGAAAUGUCCUUGGACCCCAGGGUCAUCAACGCAGGGGCCACUUGGCUGUUUUAGUUUAGCUCUGCCUGCCAGACCAGGCCUGCGACAAGGCCAGCAUGCCUGGAGCAUGGACAUCUUCCCCCUCUCCUCAUGUACAGACUGGGCUCGCACCUCCCUUCUGUGGCAGUGUUCCCUGAGCUGCCACUCCCUGGGCGUUUGGGCAGCACUCCCAUCAGUGCCAGCUGUUCAGUACAGUCUCCUCAGGCCUUUCCUGAUCCUGCUGCCUCCCUUGGCAGUGUAGCAACGAGAGGAGGACGCGUGUCUCCUCGCCCUUUCCCCCUCUGCAGGGUGGCAGUAUCCUGCUCCUCAUCUCAGCAUUGGAAGGAAGAGACCGGAAUGGGGUGUUCUGCCAGCAGAUCCCCUCUGCAGAUCCUAGUAGUGUCCAAAAGCUCCUCGUGGGUGUCUGGCACUGGAGCCGUGCAGCACCCCGGCAUCCCCAGCUCCUGAGCGGAGCAGCAGUGGCAGAGCACUGCAGGGCUGUGGGCAGACUGCUGCACCUCCACCCACCCCAGAGCAAAGCGUCCUUGACCCCUCCUGCUCCGGCACUGCCCAGAAACUCUUCUCCUCUGGGGCCAGAGUCUGAUCUCCGUUACACCAGUGACUUCGCUGGAGUUGCUCGGCAUUCACAGUGCGCCUGGCUUGGUUUUCCCAAUGGAAACUGGCUGGGGCUGGGUUCUGAGCUGGGCUUCGGGGGGUCUCCUGAGCAGCACACAUGGGCUGUGUAACGCUCCUCCAGGCAGAGAGAGCCCUGUAUUUUAUACCAGAUGGAUUAUCGCUGUUCUGUCUUUAGCUCCUGUGUAAACUCCUCUUCGGUGUCUGGUGCUAACAGAUGGCUGCAGCACGUCCCUUUUUAAUCAAACUCUGAGGUGUGAUACUUCUCACUUCCCUCCCAGCCAGAGCCUGGCGUGGAGCUGCUUGGGGAUGGGCCCUGCUCCGGCUCCCUCAAUGGCCAGUGAUUUGGAUGUCCAAUGAGCAUGUCCCCCAUGGCCCAGGCUCUCUGAAAAUCUCAGCCAAGGCCUCUCCCCGCCCCCGUCUUCUGUUCAGUGCUGCACCAGCUGGGAGUUUUCCAGUGCCCCUGAGGGCAAACAGGGUGAAACCCCAGGUAACGGCUUGAGCUAGAGAGAAAAUAGUGGGUGUGAGCGGCCACGCCUCCUGCUAACCCUAAGCAGGGCCUGGGUGUGAACUGCAGUGGGAAAUGUCCCAACCUCUCCGUUCUGCUGGAGCCUCCUCUGGUGCCCCCUCCAGCGACCGUUCGUUUCAGGCCAGUUCCAGCCAUUGGUUUGCAUCAUUCCAUAACUAGUGCUUGGCACUGCCUCUGCCCAGGGGAGGGGAAAGAGUCUCACUAGCGACCCCCUGACGUCACCUCUUCUCUGCCCCCCAGAACCCAGCUCACAUCACCUUCCUCAGUGCAGUCAAACUGCCUCCCAGACAGCUCUGCAUGGACCUUUGUGGGGCCCCAAUUUUCUUUUCCUUCUAAUACUUACGUGCUGGCAGAGGGGCUUUGAGGCUGUGUCUUCAUUGCAAUAAAACACCCGGGGCAGGCCUGCGUCAGGGGCUGUACAAUUGCACUGUAGACCUUUGGGCUCAGGCCGGAGUCUGGACACUGGGACCCCACAAAGGGGGUGAGGGACCGACUUGAAGAAGAGCUCGGUGGAACUCAAAAGCUUGUUUCUCUCGCUAACAGAAAGUUGGUCCAAUAAAAAAUAUUCCCUCCCCCA